AACAGUCAACAGUAUCUGACGAGUGUGACGACUGACACAUGGUCACAUCAGACAUCAGAAUUUACUUUUCACUUAUUCAGUGCUUGUUACAGACCUCAAAGGUUGUGCAUGUCAAUUUCUAGUAAUAGUGAGUUUGUAACUUUUAAUACGAAAAUGGAGAGGAACCGACACCUUCAGUAUUUGGUGGCCAGUGCGGUGUCGUUGGCCACAACUACGCUAGGUAUGUGCUCCUUAUGGACAACACCAGCGAUGCCUAAACUGCAAAACAAUGAAACCAGUAUUGUAAUAACUAAUAAACAAAUAUCGUGGAUGCUCAGUCUUUCGCCAGUAGGAUUCAUGAUAGGCAGCCUAGUCACAAGGUUUAUUUGUGAUCAAUUUGGUAGAAGAACCACUCUAUUACUCAGCGCAGUGCCUAUCGCUACUGGAACGAUAAUUGCAGCGUCGGCAAAUAAAGCAUGGUGGUUGUUCAUAAUGAAGAUUCUAUGGGGCUUCGGGACCGGUAUGAUAUCAACGAUAGUAACAAUAUAUAUAGCGGAAAUAGCGGAUAAGGAUAUCCGGGGACGGUUAUCAGUUUAUACGCGCAUCGCGUUCCACUUCGGGGGCUUACUUAUGCUGUGCAUCGGGGCUGUGGCGACGUAUGACGUCACAAACUACUUGCUGCUAGCCAUGCCGGUGUUGUACUUUAGCGCUUGCUUGUGGAUUCCGGAGUCUCCGUACUAUUAUUUGAUGAAGGGAAGACACGAAGACGCGAAGACAGCGUUCGUGAGAUUGCGGGGUACGAGUGAGGUGGGUUUUUAAUUUUCAGUUUCUUACCUGAUCGAGAGCUGUGUUUGCGUUCCAAUAAAGCCUAGGAUUUUAUAAGGUUACAAAUAUGUCAUAAUUGGUAAUUAUAAUGAUUUA